UCACUAAAAUCAUCCUCUUAAAGUAGCCUCUUCUGCUUCCCGACUGAGCAGCGGGGACGCUAACCCACCCCACCUCCCCUGUCCUGAGAUCAAGUUAGUGCUGGGGGUCUGGGAGCUUCUGCAAUUAUAUAUUAACCACUGCCCGGGGGUUAGCUCACAACAGAAGAGGCAUCCGAACGAAAAGCAGAUGUUUCUGGGAGAAGUGGUUUCUUCUGGUGCCAUGGGAGGAUCUGCUGUCUACCUGCUGGCUGUGUUUGCAUUCAGCUUAUCAGCCCUGUCUCACGGCCAGCCGCUAUGCACGUUGAUCACCCCAAGCGUCCUGCGUGUGGAGAGCGAAGAGAUGGUGACUGUGGAAGCUCAUGGCCACCAUAGCCCGAUCGAGGCGAGGAUCACCGUGUACGACUUCCCACAAAAGAAGGGUGCCUUGGUUUCAACCACGGUCAGCCUGAACCCUGGGAACGGCAUGAUGAACUCUGCCAAAAUUAAGGUUCCUGCUCAGCUACUGCCAAAGGACGCCCAGAAGAAGGAAUAUGUCUACAUCGAAGCCAAGAGCAGCCUGUUCACCUUAGAGAAGGUGGUUCUGCUUUCAUUCCACAGCGGCUACAUCUUCAUCCAGACGGAUAAGACCAUCUACACGCCUGGGUCUACGGUGAGGUACCGGCUUUUCACUGUGGGUCACAUGUUGGACCCCAUCUUGAAGGUGGUAUCUGUGGAGCUCAUGAAUCCAGAUGGGAUUAUUGUAGAGAAGAAUACGGUGUCCUCGAUGGACCAAGGCGGCAUCAUCUCCAGGAGCUACAAGAUCCCUGAUAUCGUGAACAGCGGAGUGUGGAAGAUUGUCUCCAAGUACGAGCAUGCCCCUCAGGAGGCCUUCACCGCGGAGUUUGAAGUCAAGGAAUAUGUGCUGCCUAGUUUCGAAGUGACGCUGGAGCCUUCCCAGAAGUUCUUCCUCGUUGACCAGAAUGAGCUUAGUAUCGACAUUACAGCCAAGUUCCUGUAUGGGAAGCCAGUUCAAGGCCAAGCCUAUGCGCUCUUUGGAGUGAUGGUGGAUAAUGAGAAAAGGAGCAUCGUGAACUCACUCAACAAAGUCCCGAUCAAGGGUGGCAAAGGCUGUGCUAAGCUAACCAAAGAAAUGUUGCGUAGCAGGUUCCCCAACCCCAGCGAGCUUCUCGGCCACUCAAUCUAUGUGACUGUGACAGUGCUGACGGACACAGGGAGUGACAUGGUGGAGGCUGAGAAAUCCGGGAUCCGCAUUGUGACCUCUCCCUACAAAAUCCUCUUCUCCCGAUCUGCUACGUACUUCAAACCCGGGCUGCCCUUUAACCUGGUGGUCUCCGUGGUGAACGCGGAUGGUUCCCCCGCCCCCCAGGUCCCCGUGCGCAGCGGGACAGGCGCCGGUGGUUUGACACAGGCUGACGGGACAGUGCAGCUGGCGAUCAACACCCCAGCAGACGCAUCUCAGCUCUCGGUGAAGGUGGAAACUGUGGUUGCCAACCUCCGGCAGGAGCAUCAGAGCUCGGCGGUCUGGGCCGCGGUCGCCUACGGGUCGCAAGGGGGCUCGAGGAACUACCUGCACAUCUCGGUGCCGGCCACUCAGCUCCAGCCGGGGAACGCCCUGCCUGUGAGCUUCAGUUUGCGGAACAGUAACGCUGACGUUCAGCGGCAGAUCCACUAUUUCACCUACCUGAUCCUGAACAAAGGGAAGAUCAUCCGGGCUGGAAGACAGGCCAGGCAGGCGGGACAAACCCUGGUGACCAUGUUCCUGCCCAUCACUCCAGACCUCAUCCCUUCAUUCCGCAUCGUGGCUUACUACCACGUAGGGCAGAAGGAGAUCGUGGCAGACUCGGUCUGGUUGGACGUCCAGGACUCCUGUAUGGGAACGCUGAAGGUAACAGGCGCGACGGAGCAAGACAAUGAUGUCCAGGUGCCAGGUGGGCAGAUGAAUCUCCGAGUGAAGGGAGAUCCCGGAGCCAGGGUCGGGCUGGUGGCUGUGGAUAAAGCUGUUUAUGUGUUAAACAGGAAAUAUAAGUUCUCCCAAGCCAAGAUCUGGGACGCAGUGGAGAAGAGCGACAUUGGCUGCACUCCCGGCAGCGGCAAGGACCACGUGGGGGUGUUUGCGGACGCUGGGCUGCUGCUUCAGACCAACGUUGGCAUUGAGACGCCCCAGCGGGCAGAGUCCCGCUGCUCCCAGCCCACUCGGCUUCGGCGCUCGCCCCUGAUCUCGGAGAGAAAAGCUGCCAAAGCGAGGCAGUAUCCAAGCCAGCGCUUGCGGAAGUGCUGUCAGGACGGCAUGCAAGAGAACCCCAUGGGCUACUCCUGCGACCGACGAGCCAAGUACAUCCUGGAGGGCGGCGAGUGCGUCCAAGCCUUUCUCGACUGCUGCAAGCACAUCUUCGAGAGGCUCCCCAAGGUCCACAGAAAGUUCCUGUUAGCAGCAUCCGUUCAUCGGAUGGCCCCCGGGAGGAGCCGGGAGCCUAUGGAUGAAGUCGCAGAGGACGGGGAGUACCUGGCGGACGAGGACAUCGUCUCCAGGAGCCAGUUUGCCGAGAGCUGGCUCUGGCAAAUGGAGCUGCUGCCGCAGGAGGCCGAUCUGGACGGGCUGGCUUCCAGAACGGUACCGGUGUACCUGGAGGACUCCAUCACCACCUGGGAGGUGCUGGCCGUGAGCCUCUCCGGCACAAAGGGGAUCUGCGUGGCCGACCCUUAUGAAAUAACGGUGAUGAAGCAGUUCUUCAUUGAUCUCCGGCUGCCCUACUCCGUGGUGCGGAACGAGCAGGUGGCCAUCCGGGCCGUGCUGUACAACUACGCCCCCCGGGCUCUCCAGAUCCGGGUAGAGCUGAUGUACAACGAGAAGAUCUGCAGCUCCAGCAGGCGCGACGGCCGGUUCCAGCAGGAGCUGGUGAUCCAAGCCGGAGCCUCUCGAGCCGUCUCCUACGUGAUCAUCCCCCUGGAGGUGGGGGAGGUGGAGAUGGAGGUGAGAGCGGCCGUCCAUGGGCUCCCCAUCGCAGACGGCGUGAAGAAGAAGCUCAGGGUGGUGCCUGAGGGCAUGAAAAUCUUUAAGAACAUCAAGAGCGUCCUGUUGGAUCCGACUGCCCGCGGCUCAGCCUCUGGGGAGCAGCUGGAGACAAUCGGGCCCGUGGACAUGAGUAAUGUGGUCCCCAACACGGAGCCAGUGACCUUCGUCAGCGUGAAGGGGGACAUUGUGGGUGACACGGUGGAGAACUCCAUCGACGGCGCCAACUUGAAACACCUGAUCCAGGUCCCGGCGGGCUGCGGGGAACAGAACAUGAUCGGCAUGACCCCCGCUGUCAUCGCCACCCACUACCUGGACAGCAGCCGGCAAUGGGAGAGGCUCGGGGUGGAUCGCAGGGCGGAGGCCGUCAAGUUCAUCACUCGGGGGUACACCCAGCAGCUGGCUUACCGGAAAGCAGAUAACUCCUACGCAGCCUUCACAAACAGACCAGCGAGCACCUGGCUGACGGCCUACGUGGUGAAGGUCUUUGCCCUGGCCUACGAACUGAUCGCUAUCGACCCCGAGGUGCUGUGCGGGGCUGUGAAGUGGCUGAUUCUGCACAAGCAGAAGCCUGACGGGGCGUUCCAGGAGGAUGCCCCCGUGAUCCACGGGGAGAUGGUGGGAGGGUACCAAGUUUCCCCAGUUGACACUAGCUUGGAUAGAAGCAUCACGAAGGCUGGAGAUUACUUGGCAAGGCGCCUGAAAGACCUGAAGAAACCCUACUCCGUGGCCAUCACGUCCUAUGCGCUGGCGCUGCUGGGCCACGCCGGAGCAGGAGAGAGGCUCAUGGCGCUUUCCACGGGGGGAACACACUGGGCCGACCCCCAGUCCCGGCUCUACUCCAUCGAAUCCACCUCUUAUGCCCUGCUGGCCUUGCUGAAGCAGCAGAGGUUGGAGCUGACGGGGCCCAUUGUCCGGUGGCUGACGGAGCAGCGGUACUACGGAGGAGGCUACGGCUCGACCCAGGCCACGAUCAUGGUCUUCCAGGCUCUGGCCCAGUACCAGAUGGAUGUGUCGGAAACCAAGGACAUGGCCCUGGAUGUUUCCAUUAACCUGCCGGGUCGGAGCAGGCCACUGCUCUGGAGGAUCAACAGGGACAAUGCCAUGGUGGCCCGGACGGAGCGAACCAAGCUGACCGAUGGCUUCACCAUCUCGGCCAAGGGACACGGCAAAGGGACCCUGUCGGUGAUGACGGUUUAUUACACACCCCUGACGGAGGGGGCGGCAGCCUGCAAGAAGUUUGACUUUAGCGUCUCUGUGCAAAGGGCACCUGAUGCCAAGAAGCCAGAAGGAGCCCUGGACUCUGUGUUCAUCCAGAUCUGCAUGCGGUUCCUGGGAGGGGUGGACUCCACCAUGACCAUCCUGGACGUCUCCAUGCCCACAGGCUUCUCUCCAGACAUGGACGACUUGGAUAAGCUCACGAACCGUGUGGACAAAUACAUCUCCAGGUUUGAACUGGACACGGACCUGUCUGAGAGAGGCUCCCUCAUCCUCUAUCUAGACAAGGUGUCCAGCAAAGAGACAGAUUGUCUGAAGUUUAAAGCUCACCAGCACUUCGAAGUGGGUCUGAUCCAGCCGGCAGCCGUGACGGUGUACGAGUACUACUCCCUGGAAAACCGCUGCACAAAAUUUUACCACCCAACCCAAGACAGCGGCUUGCUGAAGGUGCUGUGUGAGGGAGACGCCUGCCGUUGCAUGGAAGAGAAAUGCAGCCUGAUCAAGAAAUUUAAACAGGCCCCCGCUGACAUCUCCGUCCGCAUCGAAGCCGCGUGCGAGGCUGGGGUGGAUUAUGUCUAUACAGCUCAGCUGGUGAAGGUGGAGCAGAACGGGAUGUACAAUUACUUCACCAUGAGGAUUGUGCAGGUCAUUAAGGAAGGGACAGAGCAAAGCAUCCAGGGGAAGACCCGUCGAUUUAUCAGCCCAGUGGCUUGCAAGGCGACCCUGAACCUGCUGGAGAACAGGAGCUACUUGAUCUGGGGCCUCAGCAGUGACCUGUGGGACCUGAAGACCGAGACAGCGUACUUGCUCGGGAGUGGCUCCUGGGUGGAGCUGUGGCCAACCCCCCAGGAAUGCCAGCAGGGACAUUUCCAGGCCCUCUGCAAGGGGCUGGAGGCGUUUGCCCAGCACAUGGUGACAAACGGCUGCCCUUCAUAGACCGAGAAGAAGAGGACCCAGGAACGUCACCAGCUGUCACCCUUUCUGUGGGGAGGUCUCCCUCAUCCCCCAUCUCUCGUGUAAAUUAGAGUCACGGCAGAACCGUUAUACAUUUCACAGCAGCAGGGAUAGGACUCGCACCCUCCUGCAUGCAGUCCCCUACCUCUCAAUCUGCAGAGUCACGGCAGAACCGUUAUACAUUUCACAGCAGCAGGGAUAGGACUCGCACCCUCCUGCAUGCAGUCCCCUACCUCUGAAUCUGCAGGAGAAUCUCCUUCAGCUGCUCGUAGCUUAGGGCUUAUGACACCCAGCGAUGCAGUUCAAAUUCCAUCCAGUAGAGGGCAGCAGUGGACACACACACACACACACACACACACAUACACACACACACACUCACUCACUCACUGCUGUUUUCCAUAACCCUCUCUUAUCCUUGUAAUACCCCCUGUUCUGCAAUUUCUAGAGACAUUGAUCCAAGCUCUCUGGACACAGAGGACAGAACGGUACUGUGUGUGGGUCAUCCCCACCCCUGAGAUACCCAAGGGCUCUGUCAUUUCUUUACACCGUGGCACACUUCCCGGUGUAACAGUCCCUGAACUGAUUUCUCCUUUGUACAGCACCUGUUGCAAUGCCCCCCCCCCCCCGAAUCCUCAGUCCAGAAACUUUGUGCCUCCUGGGGCAGCAAUUCUAAGGCAUCUGUCUGGGUUUGUACCUGUUUUAUCCUGAAUGUGAAUAAAGUUUGGCGGCAGCAGGGAAAUGGCGAUCAGCACCCAGUAGGGGAGAUUUAUUUCAUGACCUGCUCUAGACUGACUCCAAGCCCCCUAUAACACUAGGGAAACUCAAUGCCCCGUGUGGAUGCUCUAGAUUGUAAGAUUUUGGGGCAGGGACUGUCUUUUCAUUCUGUGGCUAUACAGCGCCUGGCACGGUGGGGUCCUGGGUGCUGUGAUCAUACAAAUAAUUUAAAAUUGCCUGGAAUAAAGGUGACUAUUCCAGAAU